AAAAAUCUAGUUAACAUUCAAUCAUUCAAAGCACCCCAUGUGGAAAAUGGGUCCCAGUCGAUUUGUUUAAAAAUGCAGUAUGAUAUAUCGAUCGCCUUUCUGAAUAAUAGUUCUUAAGACACCACAGCUAUAAGCUCAAAUCUACUAGAAAUACAUCAUAUGGACGAUAGUUUCUAACGAUUAAUAAUGAUUUGGAGAUAAGAGAAAACAAUAUCAUUUAUUAUAAGAACUAUAGAUUGUUAUUUUUAAGAAUAAAAUUAAAAGAAAUAGGUAUGUGACGUGACACGAAACACCAAUCAGAAAGCGUUACGUCAUGCCGUGCCGAGCAUCUUGUUGACAUUUUAUACAGAGAGUAGAGUUAUUUAUCGUCGUUACUUUCGAGUAUUCGUUACUAAUCGUACUCUUCUUCAAAGUAAUCACUUAUUGUAUUCAUUACUUUAAUUACUAUGCGUAGUAUGAGUACAAAGAUUUGGCAACGUGCGUCGUGUAAUUAAUGUCGAAUUUGGACAACUUCAAUGGAAUGACUAUAUUAUGCUUUAUUAGUUUGUUACCAUGGCUACACAGCCGAUAGCCCUGGGUCCAGGGCCUACAACGUUGACCUGUCCACACUGUCAUGCCAGAGUAACAACGACUGUCAAAACGACUGCAAACACGAAAACGCACAUAAUCGCGUUAAUUCUAUGCCUUUUUGUACUCGUACCUUGCGUGUGUAUUCCAUAUUGCUGUGAUUCCUGCCAGACUUUGCAACAUUUCUGUCCAAACUGCAAGGCAUACUUGGGGGCGUAUGAUAACUAAUAAGUGUAUUUUUCAUAUUUUUGGGUGUUUGUUAUGCUUUAUUUAUGUUAGCCGAUUUAUUUUUAAGCGUACCAGUAUGUUUAUAUAUCAAAUAUUUAUAUAAACA